ACCUUGCUAUCCACGUUCAAGUUGCUGGAUUUAUAUCUUACAUUUGAGAUAAAAGAUCCCCUGAGUUAAAAUAGGAUUUCCUGCCCAAUGUGAUAGUAGAGAAAAGUAAGCAUGCCAGAUUUGAGAUAAAUGGUAUCCAAAGAAGUAUAAACUUCCUCCAUUUCUCCAUGUUUACUGCAUCAGGUUUCCUUGGUGAACUGUAGUCUAUGAGCUGUGGCAACUGUCCUUUUCUUGUCUCAAUCAUGUUUACCGAAGUUUGUAAUGGUUUGACAGACAACUUAAUCACAUCAAACAAUGAAUGGUGAAGAACAUCAUGGAUUUUGAACUUAUGAAGUAUGCAUUCAAGAGCAUUGGUUGUCUUCUGACAUAUUUCUUUUUCUCCAUAUCACUUACAUUUUAUCAGAAAUCUCUUCUGCAGGAGCUGCGCUUUCCGCUCUCGAUCGUACUCGCCCACCUGACCGUCAAGUUUCUCCUGGCGGCCACCGUGCGCAACUAUCUCGAGUGUACCUACAACACGCAGCGCACCACGCUCUCAUGGCGACAGUUCUGGCGCAAGAUGUCGGCGCCGGGCGUGCUGAGCGCGCUGGAUAUUGGCCUCUCGCAGUGGAGCUUUGAGUUCAUCACUGUGACGCUCUACACCAUGACGAAGUCCACGUCCGUCAUCUUUAUUUACGUGUGCGCCCUCUUCCUACGCAUCGAGCAGCUGCAAUGGUCUAUGGCGCUGGUAGUGACGCUCAUCUCAGGAGGCCUGGUGAUUUUCACGUACGAGUCGACCACAUUUCACCUGCUGGGCUUCCUGAUGGCGCUGGCUGCCGCGCUGAGCAGUGGGCUGCGGUGGACGCUGUCACAGAUUCUGAUGCAAAAGAAGGAGCUGGGCCUCUCCAACCCCAUCGACAUGAUCUACCACAUUCAGCCGUGGAUGAUCGUCAGUUUAAUGCCGUUUGCCGUCUUCUUUGAAGGUGCGGCCGUGGCCACGUCGCGCGACCUGUUCCUCUACUCGGAGCCGCACCAGCUGGCCGACUCGGCCGGCCGCGUGCUGCUCGGCUGCGUGCUGGCCUUCAUGAUGGACCUCUCCGAGUUCCUGGCGCUGCGUGUCACCUCCAGCGUCACGCUCUGCGUGGCCAGCGUGUUCAAGGAGGUGUGUACCCUGCUGCUGGCCAUCCUGGUGAACGGCGACGAGCUGAGCGGCCUGAAGGCGGUCGGCCUGGUCACGUGCGUGGGCGGGAUCGCGCUGCACGCCGGCAUCAAGGCGCGCCACCUGGCCACCGCCCGGCCGGUCGACGUCCGGCCGCGCCACCUUGGCACCGAGCUGCCGCUGCUCGGCGAACACGACGACGACGACGACGACGAGGACGUGCUCUUCGAGAACCGAUAGCGACGCGAAGCGCCGGCGGGUCGUGACGUCACGAGUCGCUCUGACGUCACCGGCGGAGGGGUAUCUGUCUCCGCGAACGGCGGAGAGCCAGGGCUCGAGCGCCGCGGCUCAGGGGAGGCGGCGAGCGCUCGGCUCGGGAUCUCAACACCAGCGAGCGCCGCUUUCGCGACAACGCUGGCCGGCUGGAGCUUGCGACGAAGGCGACGGGAUACCGGCGCGGCUCGGAGACAAAGGCGGCGGCGUGGCGCCGCCAGCAACCUGUGAUAACUAGGUCGCCAUCAUUCCUUGGGUGUGAGAUUGUUCCGUGGCGUUUGCGUGUGGGUGCGCGCCUUCCCGCCUUUGGUGUGAUGUGGGAUUCAGGUGUGGUAGUGUGACAUUCAGCGUGGUGGAACGAGCUCCGCCGUCGGCGCCCGGCCCUCGGCGAUCGCGCCGUUUUGGCGCCGGUGUUUUGGACCUGUUGUUAGGGGCUAGCGUUCUCAGGCGAGCUGGUUGCUGUUGGCGACACCCACGUUAUCAGAGUUUAUGUCGUUGGGAGGGUUAAAAUACACCGAUAUGUUUGUUCUCAGCA